AUGGAGAUGCUAAUAAAAUUACUUAUAGCUUUCACGAAUUCUGUUUCUGAUUCUCAAGCUAUUGAAUACUCACUGAUAUUCGUCAUUAACUUAGCUCUUUUAGGACAAUUGAUUUUAAGACUUUCUCGUACACAUUAGUAAAUGCAGUUUCUUUCAGCCCUGGUAUUAUAUACAGCCCAAGAAAAUGAAUAAUUAAAAGCACUAGUCAAAGGAUAUACUUCAAACAGUAAAAGUUCACCUAAAAAGCUUGAAUCUAUGUCUUUAGAUUUGUCCAACAUAACUUUUGGAGGACUUAAAAGAUAAAAUACGAUUGUUAAAAAGUAGAGAUUGUAAAAGCUUGAGUUAAUAAAAGUAGAAAGCCAUAAGUAAUCAGAGAUGAAGAAACUAGAAUCUGUAAAAUAGCAAGAAUCUGCUGAAAAAAUAUACAGAUUGGGAUCUAUUUAACUAGAUUAAAUUAGAUUUGAAAAUUAAAAUAUCAGUAAAAAUAUCCAUUGA